AUGUUUCGGUGCCUGAGGGUGCUGCUGAUGGCGCAGCGCAGUGCCACUGGUGAGGGUGUAACUCGCUGCUCUGGUGAGAAGAUUCAUCUGGCGGGACUCGCUGCUCUGGUGAGAAGAUUCAUCUGGCGGGACUCGCUGCUCUGCGGAGCAGAGGAGAGAAAACGAUCCACCUGGAGGAGGAGAAGAGGAAGAAAAGGAGGAGAAGAGGAAAAGAAGGAUAAGAGGAAGCAGAGGAGGAUGAGAGGAAGAGAAGGAGGAUACGAGGAAUCAGAGGAGGAGGAGAGGAAGAGAAGGACGAUACGAGGAAGCAGAGGAGGAGGAGAGGAAGCAGAGGAGGAGGAGAGGAAGCAGAGGAGGAGGAGAGGAUGCAGUGGAGGAGGAGAAGAAGCAGAGGAGGUGAAGAGGAAGCAGAGGAGGGCGACAAAAGGCCAGUCUCUUGGCAUCUCCUUCUCGCCGUGCAUUCUCCCCCAUCCAUCCUCAGGGCGAAUGGAUGCAGGCGACAGAGCAGCAGCACGGCAGUCAGAAUCAGUCAACGCCAGUCAACUCCAGUCCUCGGCACUGCUGCCGUUAUGA